AUGGUUGAUCAACAAGUUGAUCCAAUUCCAAGUGGUUCUACAUCCACGGUUAGGUUUGAGAUUCCUAGUCCUUUCUAUCUACACCCUUCCGAGAAUGCAAGUUCUUCUCUAUUGCCUGGAGUUUUCGAUGGUACUGGUUAUAGAUCCUGGAGGAGAGCUGUUCUUAGGGCCUUGUCAGUUAAGAGCAAGACAGGUUUUAUCAAUGGGAAGGUUGUAAAACCAAAUCUAGAUGAUCCUAGCUUCCAGCAGUGGGAGAGAUCCUGGAGGAGAGCUGUUCUUAGGGCCUUGUCAGUUAAGAGCAAGACAGGUUUUAUCAAUGGGAAGGUUGUAAAACCAAAUCCAUAUUAUCCUAGCUUCCAGCAGUGGGAGAGGUGUGAUGAUAUGGUAACCUCUUGGAUUCUGAAUUCCUUGUCACCAGAUCUAAGGGAUAGUCUGCAGUACGUUAACAAUGCACAAGAAUUGUGGGCUGAAUUGGAAGAAAGGUAUGAUCAGACUAAUGGCUGUAAGCUAUACCAGCUUCAAAAGGAGCUAAAUGAUCUUGUCCAAGGCACCUUGGAUGUUACUGGAUACUACACAAAGAUGAAGAAACUUUGGGAAGAUAUGAGCAUUGUCGAUGUAAGCUCUCAAUGUAGUUGUGUUUGCACUUGUGGUGGUAAGAUAAUGUUGGUCAAAACUGAACAAGAUAGAAGACUCAUACAAUUCUUGAUGGGACUGAAUGAAAUUUACACUGUCAUCAGAGGAAACAUUCUCAUGAUGAGUACCCUUCCUAGUAUGGCACAAACUUUUGCCAUUUUGUCUCAAGAGGAAAAACAGAGGGAAGUAAGACCUCACACCCACACAGCUUUGGACUCAACUUCACUGAAUGCUCUUGCUAGUAGUACAAGAUCUAAGGGAGGCCCCAGAACAAACUACAAUUUCUCUAAAGGGAGCACAUGA